AAGUUUUCAGUUAAGAUCGCCAUCUUUGUGUCGUGGGUAACAAGAACGAGACGAGCCAAGAAAGUAGUCGAACGGUGGUCGGAUUCACUGUUUCGAAACCAGAUUCUGGAUUCGCUGGGGUGUCUGUCACUGGGGUGUCUGUCACUGAAGUAGCCUGCGUUGGGCGAGGUGACCAUUUCUGGGUGCACCGUUGAUGGGACUGUUUGUAAGCCGACUGUGACAAACUCGGGAGUUUGGAAGAUGGAAGAAGGCUUGGCGAGGGAGUACCAGUCCUCCCUGGAGGACCUCACCUUCAACAGCAAGCCGCACAUCAACAUGCUGACCAUCUUGGCCGAGGAGAACCGUAGCUGCGCCCGGGACAUCGCCGCCAUUAUUGAAGCUCAAAUCAGCAAGGCUCCACCUACCGAGAAGCUGCCUCUUCUCUACUUAGUGGACUCCAUAGUGAAGAACGUUGGUGGAGAGUACCUCGCUGUGUUUGCUAAAAACCUUAUUACCUCAUUUAUUUGUGUCUUUGAAAAGGUGGAUGAAAAUACCAGAAAGAGUUUGUUCAAGCUGCGUUCAACGUGGGAUGAGGUGUUUCCUCUGAAAAGGCUCUAUGCUCUUGAUGUGAGGGUCAACUCUCUUGAUCCUGCUUGGCCUAUCAAGCCUCUCCCUCCCACAGUCAAUGCCAGCAUCCAUGUCAACCCUAAGUUUCUCAAGCAGUCUGAGGAGCAAGCAUCGCCCUCUGCAAGCUCCGUGCCACCACAGACGGCACCUGUGGCUCCUGCUCUGACACAGACUCCUGCUGCUGUCCCUCAAUCCAGUCUCACCCAGGAGCAACUAUUUCGGCAGCAGCUUCUGGCCAAGAAGAAGCAGCUUCUGGAGCUCCAGCAGAAAAAGAUUGAGCUGGAAUUGGAGCAGGCAAAAGCCCAACUGGCUGAUAGCUUUACGUUGCCAUGUCCAGCUUUGAGUCCAACCCCAGCGCCCCCAGCAGUACCUGUAAAGCCCAUACCCCAGCAAGCUCCUGCCAUAAGACCCUGGAUUCCCCCUCAGACCUUUACAGACACCAAACCAACCAACAGGGACCCCCGUCUGAAUCGAGGCGGACCAGUUGUGCCACCUAUCAAAGAACAACCCGUUAGAAAAGAUGUUCAUGCUUCAGUUGCUGCCAUUUCUCCUGAGAAAAGGACGCCAGAGAAACCUGUUCGCAUUGAGAAACCUCGAACCCCAAAGAAAGAGUUGUUGGAAGAGAAGUCAAAGUCUCCACCUUUAAUGAACAAAAACCCUCCAAACAAAAACAAGCAAGUGGAGAGAAAAGAUCCACGCAUUAAGAAACGGCCUCCUGAGAAGACCCCUGACACUAAAGAGGAAGAGGUGAAAGAGAAGAAGCGCUGCAAUGACAGGAGGGAGGACAACCCCCGUUCCACUGACCCCUCGCGUCAAAACAAGCAAAAGAUGCUAAAUGGGACAGGACCCAAGCAUGAAGACUCGAAGGACACAAAAGACUCGAGCAGUGCUCGUUCCCAUUCCCGUAAGCGCACCAGGUCCCGUUCCCGCUCGCCGACCGACUCCCCAAAGAGGAAAGACAGACGUUCUCCAAAGGACCGAGCGCGGAGCAGCUCGCCGUCACCUACACACAAGCCUGGGAAACCACGCAGGCCCAGAGGUGACGAGCCUGCCCGCGGCAAGUCCGGCAGAGAGGACCGCCUUCCCCCCAAGAAGAACCAGUCCGAGAACCGAAGGCCCAAGCGUCCGUCAGAAGACCGGCGCUCACAGUCCAGGGACUCCCCACGCGGCCACGAGCCUGGUGCUAAGGAUGCAAAGGAAUUGCCCCACAGAUGGAGGAGUGGCUGGGAAGAGACCAAACAUACAAAGGGUGUUGCUGAGGAAGCCCAUGUGAAGUCAGCACCACAGAGACAGCGACCCUAUGGCACGCCAAACCGCCCCACCACACCAAGAACCCCCAAACAUCGCCUCAGUGUGGAUGCCAACCUUCAGAUUCCAGAGGUCCUAAACUCUGCCUCAAAGAAGGACUUGCUGCGGAGGGCCAGCAAGCGCCUGGAGAGCGGGGAGAUCUCUCAGGAUGAAUUCCUGAACAUGGCCCACAAGAUCAACCACUUUUUCCAGUACCAGGAGGAGAAGCAGCUGCACUCCGACAACUGGGAAUCUCCUGGAAAUGUUCCCGUCAAAAAGCCACUGCUGGCCACACCCAACGCCCCCAUGAACCAGGACGAGCUGACUUACUACCAGCACAAGUCCAAACUGAGGAAGACUCAAGUCAACCACCGGCUACCAGGCGAGGAAUGGGAGGGUCCGGACGAGCCUGGUGAACCAGAGCAUCAGGACAAGAUGGGUCAUGGUCGUCUUGCUCCAAAGAAGUACAACCGACCCCCUCACGAGCGGCCUGGUGAGCGGCGGAGUUUAGAGCGAGAAGAUGGGCAUCCUCCAUCUGGAACCAUGGUUGAGGAGUACAAUCAUGGAAAAGAGUUUCCUCAGCUCAAGUCUCUACCUGGCCUCCGCUUCAGGAGAAUGGCGGGCCCUCGAGAGUCCAGUGAGCGUGAGUGGAACUCCCCCUUGACGGAGCGCCAGCGCCGGGAUGAGCAGAAGAGUGGCUAUGAUGCACCUCGCCGUUUCGGCCCCUCGGCUGAUCCCCGGAGGUCAGAGGUGCCCCCUGCUGGAACCGUUGUGCACAGGAAAUGCGCCAGCCCGUCUAACGUGGAUGCUGCAAUGCCCUUGUUCGAACGGGAGCGCUUGUCCCCGCUCCAGAGAGACUCGGCAGAGAUGAGCCCGGUUCCGCGGUUUGAGAGCCCGAACAGUAACCACUCUGAGGACGGACCACUGAACGUCGAUCUUCCCCCGGCGUCCCAUCUGCAGGGUGGCCUGCUGUCUAAUGUGCGCAGCGACUCCCCAGGACACACGCCUCCUCACGACGGGGGCCAUGGGCCACGCCACCUGGGGCCCUCAAGGCUUCACCCACCAGGCUGGUAUGACGGUGGUCAUGGACAUUAUGAAGACUCUGCUCCAUUUGAGAGGCCUCACCGCCAGGGUCCAGGGCGGUUUGAAGGAGGUGGAGUUCCUCCAAACCACUUCGAAGGACCCCACAUGGCCCACGGGCCCAUGAGAGGUGGAGACGGUUUGGGUCCGCCCCACCCUCAGGGCCCUGGCAGAUUCGAUGCGCCCAUGAAUCAACACCCUGCCAGGUUUGAUGGUCCCGGCCCCUUCGAGGGCCAGAUGCGCCACUUUGACGGCAGCAUGGGUCCCGGACAGAUGGGCUUCCAGCAGCGGCCCCUGCCCUUUGAUCACCCCUCAAACCAGAUGGCACCCAUGAGGAUGGAGGGGCCUGGCCAGCAUGGUCCCAGGUUUGAUGGCCCUCACUUUGACCCCCAGCAGGGUCAGCAAGGCCCUCACAGGUUUGCACCGCAACCAAACCUCCAGCCUGCCAUGAGGCCAAUGGGCCCGGGAGUUUUUGAUCCUAUUCCUCAUCAGAACUUCAACAUGGGCCCUCAACACUUCACGGAACCCAUCAACCCGCAGUUUAACACGGGCCCACUACCAUUCCAGCAACAGCAAAACAUGCAACCUGCUGGGUUCAACAUGCAGCCACAGUUCAACCAGACCCCCUCCUCCUUUUACCCUGCUGGUCCCAAUGCUCCGCUGCAGCAGCCGAUGCUGAACAUGAACCCGUCUUUCAUGCCUCAAAACCAGACGUUCAGCCAGAAUCCAGUCGCUCCUGAGAACCACUUCGGCCAGGUGGAUGUGAACGACCUCCUGUCAAAGCUCACCUCCUAUGGCAUCAUCAAGCCGCCGCAGCCUGACGCCUCAGCUCUCCUUCCUGAACCAUUCGCCACUCAGACCCCGGCUGCUCCAGUGGCGGAGGAGGAGGAAGAGGAGGAGCAGGAUGAAGACGACGACCUCCCUGAUCUGACCGGCUUCAAACUAGACAUCAUGAAACAACGCUAUGAGCGCACCGUGACCCGCUUGUAUUCAGGGAACCAGUGCUGUCUGUGCAGCAUGCGCUUCACAGCUGCGCAGACCGACAUGUACGCCGACCACCUGGACUGGCACUUCCGGCAGAACCACGCCGGGAAGGUGGCUGGCAAGAAGGUGACCCACCGGCGCUGGUACUACAGCCUGACGGACUGGAUAGAGUUCGAGGAGAUUGCCGACUUGGAGGAACGCGCCAAGAGCCAGUUCUUCGAGAAGGAGAACGAGGAGGAAGUGCAGAAGACUCAAGCGGCCGCAAUGGAGAGCCAGGUCCAGAGUGUUAGGGCCACCAAGGACUGCGUCGGCGAGUUGUGUGAGAUCUGUCAGGAGCAGUUUGAGACCUACUGGGUGGAAGAGGAGGAGGACUGGUUUCUGAGGAAUGCGGUUCGAGUGGACGACAAGAACUUCCAUCCUUCAUGUUAUGAAGACUAUAAAAACAACUCGUCCUCGUACAUCGACGUCUCACCGUCUCCGAGCAAGAUCAUGACGGAGCAUCCGCUGGCCCAAGCCGCCGUGAAGACUGAGCCAGACGAGGUCACUUCCUGCUCUGGCCCCGUCAAACAGGAAGUCGAACCCGAAGCCUGCGAGCUCACCGAUGUCAAGAAAGAGCCUGAACUUUUAACUGAAAUCCCGUCAGAAGAGAAAUGCAGCUGAUGCUUUUUCGUCUUUUUGCUUCGGAAAAAUAUUUUUGUAACGAAUAUUUCUGCUCCAGAUUUAAAAAUUGUAAAAAUUUAAUUUAUUAAAAAAAAGUAUUUUUGUGUCUUUUGUAAAUACUGACUUUCAUAACGGUUGAUGAGCAGUUGCAGGGUGGCGCAACCACGAAAGGUAAGACCUGGAUGUGACCGUGAAGACUCCGCCCCCUCGACAGGAAGUUUCAGUCCCUUUAAUUUCAGCUAAAAUAAAAGUUUAAAACACUGAGUUUGUUCUUUUCUCAAUGUUUCAAUAAAGAUUC